AUAAUUUGUGCAGUUGGAGACAAUCCUACAAAGAUGUCUUUGAUUGGACAUUUUCAAAAACUAGUGACCCAACACCUAAUGGGCCUAGAAAGGACCAUUCAAUUAGUGGUUCAGGGUUCUAUCUGCUUGCCUCCAGCCAGGCAAGGACAAACAAUGAUUCAGCCAUCUUGGUUAGUCCUCCAAUGCCUGCCACGGUGACUGAUUAUUGCUGUUUAAGUUUCUGGUACUACAUGAAUGGAGCGGACGUCGGUGAACUGCGGGUUGAGUCUUAUGAGCAGGACAAUGUUGUUGAUGUAGAUUUCGAUCGCACGGGAAGUCUUCCGAACCAUUGGAUUCAAGCAUUGGCUCAAGUCAGGACAUUUACCACUUUCACUCUGGCCAUUAAAGCCAUUGUUACUGGCGGCCACAUGGGAGAUAUUUCUAUAGAUGAUAUAGAAUACACCCGGGGUCCGUGUGCUGCUCCCAAUGAGUGCACGUUUGAAGACAAUGACUUUUGCCAGUGGACUCAAGAUUCAAGUGACACGAUAUACUGGAUUAUGGCAAGCAAUACAACGGUGGCUGGUUCAUCUCCCGACACUGACCAUACGCUUGGUACCCCCGAUGGACAUUUUGCCAAUCUGCAAACCUCACCCACCGGAACUGCAACUUUGGGACGCAGCUUGCAGCGGUCUAACGGCUCUCGCACCACAAUAUGCUUUCAGCUGUGGUACAACAUGAUGAGCGCCCCACCAGCUGAGCUGGUCGUUUAUGUAAAAUAUCAAGACAAACUACCCCAAAACCUGCUCAAGAUUCAAGGAACAUCUGAAAAUAUUUGGAGAAAAGCUAGCAUCAAUAUUAACCUCCCACCAGGGUUUUAUGAGCUAAAAAUAAAGGCUACAGUUCACGGAGGUCAGGGACAUGUCACCUUAGAUGAUUUGCUUCUAGAAGAGGGAAGCUGUCCAGCUCCUGGAACAUGUAAUUUCAAUGAAGAUCUUUGCAGUUUUGUAGCUGUACCUAACAACUACCAUUUUGAGUGGGUUCUCCAUUCUGACAACCCUAUUAACACAUUUCCUGACAGUUUUCUAAUAGCCCAAUCAACAAACAGCACACAACUGGGAGAAAUUUCUGUCCUACUCAGUGAGGUCAUUGUGUUUGAUCCAAAUGCGACAAAUGUGAAUUGCUUGCAAUACGCUGCACAGCUUAGAUCACCGGGAACCGGUCUUGGAUCAAAAUCAUUAAAUAUUUAUUCAAGAAAUGUGUUUACAAAUGUCAAAACUCUGAUGAGUGUUGUCGACACCUUUGUUAAGAACCAAUGGUCCACCUUCCUGGUUGAAUUUCAGGUGGAAGCAGAUUUUGAUUUUAUGUUUGAGGUUAUUCAUGAUGGACAUUUGGAUUCAAACCUUGCCAUUGAUGAUGUUCACUUGCAAAAUUAUCCCUGUGGAUAUUCAACUGUCUUAUCAACACAAGCUCCACAGUCCACGUCACAAAUUUAUCCACCAUCUCCACUAGGAUGUAGCUUUGAGAUUGAUCUUUGCCAAUGGAAAGCAUUGUUAACUUCAGCAAAUGAGGGUUGGCAGAUUGGUCGGCACCUUCUCAUUGCUCCAAUGUCAGAUCACACAUACGACAGCGUCAAUGGAGGCUUUGCUGCAGACAGUAGAAACUCUUCAGGCAACGUCAAGACGGCCUAUCUGUUCAGUCCAAGUAUAUUCCUGGGAGGUAAGCUCUGCUUGAAGUUCUGGUUCUUCAUGUAUGGCUCCGAUGUGGGUAACCUCAGUGUUGUGGUUAACUCUGAAACUGUCUACUGGUUAAGACGAGGAUCCCAGGGACCUGAAUGGAAAUUUGCAAUGGUUCAUAUAGGUGAUGUUAGCGGGUCUGGUGUGAUCUCAUUCGAGAGUUCCAGCUCGCAAGGUGGCGCUGCCAUCGAUGACAUAUCAACCAACCAGGGUGAGUGUCCACCAUCUGAUUUCUGUGACUUUGAGAAUGGCAUUUGUGGGUAUUACAAUGACCCCCUUGGAUACUUUCCAUGGACCAGAGGUACAGCCCUGUCAUUUAAUAAUAACGCUGGCGCAAUCAGAGGAGAUCACACUACAGGCUCAUCUGAGGGUCAUUUCUUGUUUUUUAACACCACUGAUCGGCAACAGGGAGAUGCAGCACAUGUGACAACCACGAACUUCAUGACGUCAUCAGCUGCUUGUUUAACUUUCUGGUAUUUGAUGGGAGGUGUGGCUGCAAACAGAUUUAAUGUGUAUUUAAAAGACAUGGUAACAAACACGCAAAAUUCUGAGUCAAGCUUUUCCAAAACAGGUUCUCAAGGGAAUGUCUGGCAGCUUGGUACUGUGACCAUUGGUCAAGCUGGUACGUUCAGAGCCGUAUAUGAAGCUGUGACCAGCGGCGCAGGUCCUCUCGGUCAGAUGGCCCUUGAUGAUAUUCGGCUUGUGGAAGGGAAGUGCCCAGAGUUUGGCACGUGUGACUUUGAGGAUGAGCUCUGCUCAUGGUACAACACAGAGGAUGGGGAUGGACUUGACUGGAUAAGAAGGCUGGGAACAGAUCACACCACUAACACCAUGCACGGUGUCUACAUGGCUGUGACUGGCGCCUCUGCUGGAGACAAUGCCUACCUGAUCUCACCAAACCUGAACAAAGUCACAACUUACUGUCUUUCUCUGUGGACGAAACUUGGUGCCGGGAAUCACCUGAUCAACCUAAACACAAGAAAUGUCGAUGGUACGGACCUUCAAGCUCACAAAUCCGAUUCCAUAGACUUGAGAUCAACAAUACAAACUGGCAAAUGGGAGCUGUUCCAGAGAACGCUCAAGUACUUUUCAUCCAGUGUUGGAGAAUAUCAGCUGGUCCUGGAAGCAGUGAAAGGGUCAAGCAAUGGGGAUAUCUACUUAGAUGACGUAUCACUGCAAGUAGGCAACUGCUCGCUGCUGCCGCCACCACUGCAGAGAUACAAAUCUUACUACUGCAACAGUUCACAGACUUGGAUUGGUGCAAGCCAAGUAUGCGACUUUAACACAGACUGCCCGGGAAACAAUGAAGAAGUCAGCUGUGGUUAUGACUGUGACUUUGAAGACAGAGCCUGCCUCUGGAAAAAUGUGGAUGUGACUGACUGGAUCCAAGUCAUCGGCACAUCUGCUGCUGGCGUCAUGCAGGUUAACGAUCACACUCUUGGUAUCACAAGUGGGCAUUUCCUGACAAUCAACAAAAUGCCAUCUGCUUCUGCUGCAUACGAAAGCCCCCUGCUUCAGCAGAGUUCCCCCACUUGUGUACUUUCUUUCAGCUGUUACAUGGACUCAACAGUUAAGGGCAUUAUGCUCACUGUCAGCAUACAGGAGGGAACUCACACCUCAAUUGUUUUCACCAAACACAAUGGCAUUGGUAGUUGGGAAAAUGUGAUGAUUCUCAUAGGCCGCAUGAGUAGGCCGUUCAAAGUGACGCUACAAGCUGUGAUGCAAGAAGAUGUUGAGGGGAGAAUAUUCAUAGAUGACAUUACAUUCACCAACUGUGCUCUGCCAAGGAACACUGACUGCAAUCCUUUUGACAGAACUCAGAUUGUCUGCAACAAUACUGCAUGCAUUGACAGGUCAGGUUUGUGUAACUUUCAAGACGACUGCGGAGAUAAUUCUGAUGAAAGCCCCCAGUACUGCCGGGGCUUCAGGAGGUGCGACUUUGAAUCGGAUACUUGUUAUUGGGGUCAAGAGACAGGAACUGAUGACUUCGAUUGGUACGUAGAUUCAGCUGCACAUUUUUUUUCUGUACUCACCGACCAUUCCACAAACGCACCAUCUGGUCAUUUCCUUACGACUAUGUCACACGCAGGGCAUGCCAAAAACAAAGCACGUUUGCUCAGCCCAAUAUUCAGACCUUCCUCCAAAUGUUCAUUUUCUUUCAGUUACUUUAUUGAUGAUCUGGCAUUGGGUAGCCUUCAAAUUCAUGUCCGGUACGCUGUUAAUGGACCCUUGCGUCAGUUAUUUAUAAGAACUGGCCCUGGAUUCAGCUAUUGGUCAACAAAAACUUUAUCCAUUAAUGAAAUCAAACCUUUCCAAGUUGUUAUUGAGGUAACCAAAGGAACGGAUCCUAAUGGGGUUUUAGCCAUUGAUGAUACAUUAUUUUCCCCAGAGUGUGAAGAUUUUAAUGGGACAUUCCCUGUGUAUACUUACAUCAUCCCGACCAAACCUCCAACAACGUGCCCUGAUGGCAGGACUCAGUGCCCAGGUGAUGUCACCUGUAUUUCACAGUUACAGAUUUGUGACUUUAUCAACCAGUGCAGCGAUGGAUCAGAUGAGGUAGACUGUGCCUCAUGUGACUUUGAAACCAGCACCUGCGGCUGGAUGGACAACAGCGGGGGCUCCUUCACAUGGGCCCAAGUAAGCACAACUUCCCUGCUGAGUCUGAAAGGUCCAAAUAAAGAUCACACACAGGUUGGCGCUUUGUCACAGCAUUACAUGCUUCUCACUCACUCGGUCUACAGUCAGCAACUCACAUCCCUGCUGACCUCUGUUGCCAUGGGAACAGCCAGCACACAGUGUGCCUUAAGUUUCUGGGUCUACGCCAGUGAUGUUGGUGCCAGCACGGCCUUAGCAUUACAGCUGCAGUCCUUCGAUGCCAACCACACUCUUGAGUCAGAUAAAUCCCUAAUAUACACGUCACAGUUUAGGGAUCUAACUCCUGUGGGAAUUUGGACUCAGAUAAAUGCCACAGUUGGCUACCAACCUCACGGAUUUAAACUCUUGUUUGAAGCACAAUUUUUAGCCCCUCACACUGUGCUGGCCAUCGACGAUGUGACAUUCAGCAGCCAUUGUGCCGUGGGAACACCAAAACAAGUCUGUUCCAGUGGUGAAUAUCAGUGCACAGCUAGCAAAGUUUGUGUUGACAGCCAUGCACUGUGUGAUGUCCAUGCAGACUGCGGUGAUGGUAGUGAUGAAGCCGAUUGUGGCAGUUUUCACAUUUGCGACUUUGAGUUGGGUCUGUGUGACAUGAGACCUGACAAUACAGCCGAUAUUAAAUGGUUAGUGAGCUCCCCUCAAGAUCUGGCAGUCACAGAAGAGGCUCCUACAAGGGACCACUCGCUGUUCAAGAAAUCCGGACACAUCUUGUACUUGGCUGACCCAGCUUUAAAAAACAUAUCUGAUAAUGCUAAAGCCAGACUGCGGACCUCGGUUGUUUUCCCAAACACUUAUGGGGACAUUUGCAGUUUGAGAUUUUUUUACUAUCAGAACAGCCAUCAUGCUGGUUCACUUAAUGUCUAUGUCCAAUACCAAGAGGACGGAGAACUCCACAUCAAGUGGUCUAGCCAAGGAGCUACAGAUAACCAAUGGAAAAAGGCGGAUGUACAAUUAAAUGAAAACCAGAUGUACAGAAUAUUGAUAGAAGGAAUUGUGGGGCCAUUAAAUAGGAAAGGUUUCUACAGCGGUGUGUCAGUGGAUGAUGUAUCGUUAACACCUGGUUGCAAAUUGGCUGUUUCUUCUUCAUUCAUGCUGCCUGAUGCACGCCCUACACCUGAUCCUGGUCACUGCCCUGUUGGAUAUUUCCCUUGUGACAGUGCAUGCCACUCCAACAGUGAAAUAUGUGACCUGACUCCCCAGUGUCAUGAUGGGACCGAUGAAAGAGACUGCCCGAACAUGUGUGAUUUUGAACAAGGUGCCUGUGGAUGGACUGAUCCAAACAAAAAAAUUACCUCAACGACUUUUUCAGUUGCUGGCGUUGGUCCCAGACAGUUUCCCAUGGACCACAACCCUGGCAACAUCAAAGGGCAUGCACUGAGUGCCAACAUUACUUCUGACAACACUGUCACCUCAGUGAAGUCCCCAUUAUUUUUUAAAGCAGCAGAUGGCUGCACUUUUAGCUUUUGGUUUUGGGAGCAAGGUUCAAUCUCAGACCUGUCUCUGAAAUAUUUCUCAGGGGGUACUCUCCUUGCCACACUUUGGAAUAAACCUCAACUGGACUAUCCACAAUCCGCAUGGCAUUACAUCGCUGUGCCUUUGCCACGUUGUGCUUCUAGAUUUCAGCUUAGCCUUGACUCCGAAUCCAAAGUGUAUUCUAAAACAGGCACAAUCUCCUUAGACGACUUCAAGUUUGAAAACUGUUCCCUCCCACCUCCUAUAGAUCAUUGCACGGCUGGUCAGUUUCUGUGUGAAGACAAGCAGAAGUGUAUAGCCAGUGACCUGAAAUGUGACCUGAACAGAGAUUGUUGCGAUGGAUCCGAUGAAGACCCCUUCCUCUGCUACUCAUUCCGAGAGUUCACAUUCGAGUGGGGCAUGGACGGCUGGCAGCAGGCUACAGACGAUGACGGCAACUGGAAACUGGUUCAACCCUCUGUUUUCCUUUCAUACACAGAAUACAUGCCUGACCAUUCAGUUCCAGACGGUGGACAUUAUGUGAUCAGUUCACAACCAUACAGUGGGUACAAAUCUCGACUGAUUCACGCUAUGAACCAACCAGGACAGGACUGUCAAGUUAGACUGUGGUAUUCAUCUUUGGGAAACCACUCAGGGUUGUUGAAUGUCUACAUUAGGGAACCACUGGCCACUCCUCUUAAACUGCUUAAGAAUGUUACACUUGGACCCAAGGCCUGGCAACGUUUGGAUGUGUCCGUUCAAACUACCAGUGGGUACCAGCUGGUUUUGGAAGCAGUGCAAGGAGUCUACUACAAUGGUGGUGUUGUAGUUGAUGAUGUGACGUUCUCGCCUGGCUGUAACAUGGGGUCGCCCACACCUCCUCCUAGUUUUUUUACUUCACCCUCAAACAGCUCUACGGACAAUGGUAAGAUGUAAUCUUGUUUUCAGUAAAUUAAAUAUUUUCAUUAAAAAAAAAUAACAUUUGUGCGGCUUCUUUUAAAAAGUGUUUAAUGAGACUUUGAAAAGUGGUACAAUGUUGCUGUUGAAGGUGAGAAUGUAUCUGCUAUUUUUUGGUUGUCACUUUGUAAAUCCUAGAUGGUAUACAAUUUCCUAAAGAUCUUAAUAUAGAUGUGUAUCUGUAAGAAACUAGGGACACCUGACAGUAACCAUCUUGGGGGAGGUAUUAUGAGAUAAAAAUAAUAAUUGUUUCCCUUUUAAUCUUGUAAAAUGUUAAUUUCUUCUUUAAAUCAUCUCGUUAACGCUUUUUUUUUUUAAUCAGAAGAAAAUGGGGGUGUUGGUAUUUUGCAUCACCACAUACCUACCACCCAUCACCAUAACCUUACCACACAUCACCACAUACCUACCACCCAUCACCAUAAACCUACGACCGACAAUGAUAAGCCUACCAGCCAUCCCUAUAAACUUACCACCAUACACUUACCACCCAUCACCAUAAACUUACCACAAUACACCUACCACCCAUCCCCAUAACCUUACCACCAUGCAUCUACCACACAUCACCAUAAACCUAUCACUCAUUACCAUAAACCUACCACCCAUCACCAUAUACCUACCACCCAUCACCAUAAACCUACCACCCAUCACCAUAAACCUACCACCCAUCACCAUAAACCUAUCACUCAUUACCAUAAACCUACCACCAUCACCAUAAACCUACCACCCAUCACCAUAAACCUAUCACUCAUUACCAUAAACCUACCACCCAUCACCAUAAACCUACCACCCAUCACCAUACACCUACCGCCCAUCCCUAUAACCUUACCACCAUGCACCUACCACACAUCACCAUAAACCUACCACCCAUCACCAUACACCUACCGCCCAUCCCUAUAACCUUACCACCAUGCACCUACCACACAUCACCAUAAACCUACCACCCAUCACCAUAUACCUACCACUGCUUUACCAGAUCCCAACUAAUCAUCAUUUAAUGUAUCUUUUUCUUUUUUAAUUGAUGCUUAAAAUUUAAUCACUGGAUCCAAUUUAACCACUGGAUCAACAGUUAAUGGAAUUUAACUUCAACAGAUACAAACCCAAUUAUUACACUUUCAGGAAAUUCAACACAACCUGGGUCCCCCAGCAGUACUCUAUUUUCCAGUACAACGUCAGGACGAAUGUCACCUAGUGGCCAUUUUGAUUUUCUGAGUACCGGAAUAAUCUCAACAAACAGCAUAAAAUCUACUUCAGCCACUGAUAACCAAACAGAGCUGAAUAAAUCCAAAGAUGACAGCUCUGGUAUGUGAUUGAAAUGGAAUUAUUGUCAAUAGAUCUUCAUAUAAACAAUUCACCAUGUUCUCCACUUGGUGACACCUAAGAUUUUUUUUUAAAUUUGGAAGUUGUUGAAACUAUUAAGUUUUGUCCCUUAAGUGAAAAUAUAUGCAUGAUAUAAUAAUGCACUGGGUUAAAAAUUUAGCUGUUUAAGAUUAAAAGAAAAAUGUUAAAUUGGUUUUGAGUUAUGAUUUUUCUUUUUUCUUCUUUUGUUCUGAUCUUCCUCUUUAAAUCAACCCACCCUAUAUCUGAACGUUUGUUAUGAUUUUAAGCUGUAUUAUAAAGUUUAUCCCCAGCUCAGAAUAAGUAAACAGUCUAUACCCAGACCAGCAUAAGUACACUGCAAAGCUCAGUUUAUGACAUUGAUAAAAUGAUGCAAAUACAUAUUCAAGGCCUCAGUAUAUUUCCCAAAUUUAAACAAAUAAAAAUUCAAUGUAAUAAAAAUAGAAAACUCAAAACUUUUUAGGUUUCUUGUAAAACAUUUUAUGUAUAUCUGAUAUCUUUUUAGGUUCUUGGAAACUUCCUGUGGGGAUUGUGGCUGGCCUUUUGUUUGCAAUCAUCAUUGCUGCCAGCCUUGUGUUAUAUAUAAGACAUACAAGAACAAUGUGAGUGGGUCACCAUGACAUCCAUAUAAAACGGAUGGCUCUGUUAACAUAUAUAUUUUUUAUCCAUCAUUUUUUUUUUUUUUUAAAUGCAGUUUCAAAGAAAGAAGAUUUCAAAAUACUUAGGCUACUUUAUUCAGUUUAAAUUUUAAUCAUUUGCAUAUUUCUAUAUGGAAGAGAAAAAAACAUCUGCCGAGUCACUAAACGUGCAUUUCUAAAGGUUUAAUCAAUUCUCUAUGGGUUUCAUUUAAAAAAAAAAAAAUUAAUUAUGGCUAGAAAACUAAAUUAUUUUAUAUCUCAAUUAAUUAUUAGACUCAUUUUUAAAAAAAUUAUGAAUGAGUAGAAUAUUCACAUUCUCUAAAGUCUGAACUAUGGUAUUUGGAACAAAGCUUAUACACCAUUUAUAAUAUUGGGUCUGCAAGAGUUAAGUUGUAUUGUUAAACAUAAACCCACAUAAAGGGUUCCACUCCUUGUACACUUAGCUGUUUGAUUUCAACCACCAUAUAAAUGCUUCUAUACUGCUUUUUUUUUUUUUUUUUUUUUUUUUUUUUUUUUUUUUUCAAUUUUUUUUUUUUUUUUUGGGGUUUUAAAAAUUUUUGUUUUUUUUUUUUUUUUUUUUUUUUUUUUUUUUUUUCCCCCUUCUUUUUUUUUUUUUUUUUUUUUUUUUUUUUUUUUUUUUUUUUUUUUUUUUUUAAUUUGGCAAUUUUAAUUUAUGUUUUAGGGGUUUUAAAAAAAUGAAGGACAAUGAAACAGAACAUGCCAGUGGUCUCAAUCCAGCUUUUGAGCUGGUCCCAGCUGCUAGUGGAAGGGGAGUAAGUAUUGCUUUUGUGGGAAAGAUAAUAAUAAAAAAAAAUAUUUUUACACACACUCAAUUUAACCAUUUAAAUAGAUAAGUAAAGUAAGGGAAAUUUGUGAAAUAUUGUCAUAACGUAGUCGCAAUAAAUAUAGGUAAUGCAUUCCAUGAUUCCUGGUUUUGUUCAUAACAAUGAAAACAAUGUUCAAGCUAAAUUUGUAAUAAAAAUCAAUGGAAAAGACAAAGAAAAAAAUAAAUUUGUAUUAAAAGAACAAUAAAGUACGGUAUAUGUUAAGUAGGCCUACAUACUGAAAAUCACCACACACAUCCCCUCCCCCCCACACACACACAAAUGCACUCCUUUGUUGGGGUUGGUUAGUUAUGGCGAAUGUAGAUAAUUUUGGGUAUGGCGCUGUGGAUAACUUUAUACGUAAGCAAUAAUACUUGUAUUUAAAUUCAUUUUUUAAAGAAACAAAGUUAUUGAUUGGCUUACACAAACCCAUAAAAAAGAAUGUUAUUAGCCUAUAGAUAGUAUAACAAUAGUAUAUUGUCUAGGACAGCCUAUAGAUAGUAUACACAUGUGGUGAAUAAUACAUUGUCUAGGAUAGCUUAUAUAUUAUUAUAGUUUACACAUAUGUGGCAAAUUUAAAUAGUACAUUGUCUAGGAUAGCCUGUAGAUAGUAUACACAUAUGUGGCAACUAGUACAUUGUCAAAGAUAGCUUAUAAAUGUGUACACAUUUGGCAAAUAGUAAAUUGUCUAGGAGUACAUCCCCUUAGUAAGGCAACAGAAAACAAUUUUAAGAGUCUAGAACUCUGUUGCUGUCUCCUAGCCCCCACAAAGCUGAUGUUUAGUGUGAAGUCAAAUAAUCACGAGAUGGUUAAAAUUUCAGAUUUAUUAUUUAUCAAUAUUCUGUUUGGAACACAGUCUACAAAAUGCCUAACAAAGUAAUUGCUGGCAUUCACAGUAGAAACACAUCUGUUCAUAUAGAAUCUCCUAUAAUAAAUACUAAGAUUCAUUCGUAGCCAAAAUACCACGUUUCUCUCUAGCAACUUUACUAAGUGUCUCUCUCACUCACAAAAAAAUGCACAUAUCCUUUAUACCCAGGUUUUUAAUCAUCACUCAGACACCAUCAUAUGUGGCCGAAUUAAUUAAAUUCAUGCUUAAAGGAAAAUAUAAGGUUAAAAAAAAUACACUCCUUCACUCACGUAAUAUCCCAAACAUCAGGACACGACACAGCAGAACUACAUCACAUAAUCUGACUGUGACACUAUGAGUGAACAUAUUUUAACAUAUUGAAGUAGCAGUGCCUUGUUUCGCAACCUCCCCUAUCAGUCUGUUUUACUCCGUAUUGUUUUACUCCGUAUCGAAACGUUUGCAUUAAAACUUGUAUUUCCCUUAUCAGUAUGUAAAGCUGAACCCAUAUUGUUUUAUUUAGACAAGUGGUUUGUGCCUUAGUAAUCUACUUGAAAGCUUUGUCGCUGUCCAACACUCUCAUGAUUACUUUGUAUCCUAUUGGCUGUCCAACACUCUCAUGAUUACUUUGUAUCCUAUUGGCUGUCCAACUCUCUCAUGAUUACUUUGUAUCCUAUUGGCUGUCCAACACUCUCAUGAUUACUUUGUAUCGUAUUGAUACAGCAUGGAGAAGCUAAUGAAUCAAAUGACUUCAAAAGCUUACAGUCUGUUGUAACAGACUUGACUGUUGUAAG